AUGUCUUCUGUUGAUGCUCCUUCUGACAGAUCAUAUAGACCUGAGCCAGACGAGGACCUGGAGACCCAGCUGCAAUAUUCACCGUCUGUAGGGCCCAGGCUGCCGAGCCAAACACGCCCAGUGGCUCGAAGAGCGUGUCUUUCGUGCCGAGAGAAGAAGAUCAAGUGUGACGGUGAGUUCAUGCCUACGCUGUCUGGUAGAGAUGGUCCUACAUGCUCCAAUUGUCGUAUGGUUGGAAUAGAGUGUGUUUUCGUGCAAAGCCAUCGAGGCGGAAGCCGACGGAAACGGCUGUCUGUUGAUUUGGGCGGUUCUGACCUGGCCAGUGAAUAUAGUGGUGGAAGCAGUGAACGAAGAAGAAGGCCUCCACCGUUGAUCCUUCUGCCUAGCGAGCCUGACACGCCGUCUAAAUUGGACGAAUUUACGUUGAAUACGCCAGGGCUACGGCUGCCGAGCUCUGGACCGCCAGAUCCAAAGCGAAGACCACCAAAGGAUGGUCUGAAACAUCAACAACGGCACCAGUACCCGCCGUACCCUCACCAUCCGCCUCCACCGCCUCAUCACCAUUACCCUGGUCCGCCUAGAGGGUUCUUUGGGCCUUACGGGCCUCCAAGACAUCACCAUCAUCACCAUCAUCAUGCAUUUAGACGCCAUGGGCAUCACUACUGGGGCCAUGGGCCUCCACACGGACUGCCAGGCCCUUAUGGACCUCCAUAUGGCUCUCCUUAUUCAUAUUAUUCACAGCAUGGGCCUCCAGGGCCUCCAGGACCACCAGGCCCACCAGGACUGAGGAGACACGAGGAGUCCAGCUCUGGAAGAUCAAUGUACCUGGCAUCUCUGGGGCCUCCACCUCCACCUCCGCCUCCUCCGCAUUUUCUGUUUCAUCCACCGCCGCCUCCUCCUCCUGGAAGUUACUACUCUGGCUACCCUUCAAGCUACUAUGAUGGAGAGGCACCCAAAGAACCAAGCUCUAAUGAAACCUCAGCUCUGGUUUCAGCAUCGCCUUCUCCACAAACGAAAAAUAAGACCAGUGAGGUUGAAGCAGCGCCUGGAACGACCCCGAUCCUGGAGGACGAGCUUAAGAAACAUGAACUACCAACCUGGCUGGUUUUAGAUCAGAUUUUGAGCCACUACUAUCGCUACUGCCACCCUAAUGACCAGCUCCUACCUUCUAAAUCAGCCUUUUUGCAUCUGUUAUUUCUACGCCAUGACGCUGCAUUAAUACAUGCUAUAAUAGCUCGAAUAUGUCUGUUGAAGAAAUGGGAUAUCGAUACAGACGAGGAAGCAUGGAUUAUGAAAACUUACAAGUAUAUGGAUAUGCUUGACGACCACGGAAUGCUCUUGUGCUAUACAUUAUUAAGGAAAGUGCCUACGUUGAAAGCUGACCGUCACAGGCUUGUGGAUGUGAAGUUCCUUGAAAUACUCCAUUCCAACAAGUACAUUGAACUUUUAUCGUUGAGCGGUAAUAUGAACAAACGGAAACGAAUAGAAAAGGAACAGAAGGUCCGUGCUAUAUGGAACUUUUGGAUCGAUCCCAUCAUCGAGAGGCCUGGCGCUUUCUCGUAUGUGUUUGAAGAAGCCAAACUAUACAAGUUUCCGUUUCCAAUGUCCAAUGAAAGUUACUCGUAUGGGGAAUAUAUGACGAGUCCUACAUGGGAAGAGUUUGACAGCGGUGAGCUCAACGACUUUACAGCACUCAUCAAGGCAACAAUGGUUUUAAACGGUGCUGAAAAAGGGAUACUGAAAGAUACGUCCGUAGAGAAGUACCUUGAACCGUUCUACGUCCUCAAAGAAGACAAGGUAUUGGUCAAUUCACACAUGAGCCUUGCACUUUGCGUCUACAGCCAUGCCCAGCUCCUCCAGCAUUCCACCGACCUCGAAUCCAGCAAACCCUCAGAAUCCCAACUAAAGCAACUCUGUGCCCUUUCUACACCGAUCCAAAGCAUAUGCAACGUUUUAGAAGCAUCCAGAGGCCACAUUGAAGGAGAAGACUGGCCUGUGGCCUAUGGCGUAUCUUCCAUGGACAACACCGUCCACUGGACAACCUGCCCACUGUUCUUGACCCAAGGCGAAGAGUCAUGGAAAAAGGUCAGUGAACGAAUAGAUCCAUCCGUCACCUACGCUGCUUCCAUUCUACAGAAAAUGAUCAACGUUUUUAGACCCCAGAUUGCUGAUCCAACAUCUCACAUACCGGCGUACCGGUUUGAAACGGCCGAAUCGCUCACCAGAGAUGUCCAUAUCAAGGCUAUCCAUUCACAUAAUGACUACUGGAGAAAGAGACCUCUUUUGGACGCUUUGCUGUGGGGAGUGGUGAGUGUGGAAGGAGACAUUUGGCAUUUCAAUGAAACGUACACGGUGAGUGAUACUGUUACGGAAACUACCCAGGAGUUUAAGAAUAACGAGGUGUACGUGGGCCAUAACCAGGUGUACUUGUCGCUGCACAACACCUUGGAUGCGUUGUACUUGGACCCGUUGUACUACUUUCUUGAGGGAGCAAACAAGGACUUUUCUGUACCGAUUCUUGAAAAAAUCGACUCCAAGUUUAGUGUGUUUUACGAUGCCCCUGAGAUCCCGUUGUUCUUCUGGUUGGACUUGAAGACUGAGGGACACGAACUUUAUGAAAAGUUGAAACCAUACUUGAAGCGGUUUAUCGAUAAGGACUACUUGGCUUAUUAUGAUAGCAAGAACAAUAAACACGUUGACGGGCCUAUCAUUCUCACAUUAACUGGAGAUGUGCCUUGGGACGUGGUUGACCAGGAACUGACUUCUGGCGAGAAUAGGUAUGUUUACGCUGACUGUCCAUUGCAGAAGUUCACUGAUGAAACGUCUGAUGAAGACUGGACCCGUUACGAGCGCUCGUGCAAACUCGCCAGUGCUUCGCUUCAGCAGUUGCUCGGCGAUAAACUCUAUAAGCUGGCUGUACGUGGAGACUUGACCGAAGAGCACCAGAAAGCGCUCAAGAGCUACUUCGACAAGGCCCACGAGCACGGACUCCGUACGAGAAUCUGGGGCGGUGUUGACUGGCCCAUCUAUGUGAGAGACUCCCACUGGAAGACGCUCUGGAGCCUUGGAUGCGACCUUAUCAACGCCGACGACCUCCAGGCCGCCGCCACGCUCUUUUAA